AUGCACGAAUUGCUGAAACAUGUGCUGACGGAGCGGGAUUUGACCCGGGCAGGGGAUAUAUUUUCCAUUCCAGACGCGGAUAUUGUGAAUGAUUUAAACGAAGUCCUAAAACAAAUAACUGAGAUAUCAUCAAGAGCCGAUUAUAUUAGGAAUGAUCGUGAUCAAGCGCUCAUAGAAAUAUGUGUCACGAGAGUUACAUCAUGUAUAAAAGAGACGGGUACUCUAGAGAAGUACUGCGGCUCCCUGGUGGCAUUGCUUGAGUCUUGUCUACACCACAACCUCAUGCCCGUCGGCCAUCUGAGAGAUGACGACCCACCACAUGCUAAAAUAGCAUCAGAUAUCAUUGCUUGUAUUGUACUGGUAUCAUUUCCACUCCAAGCUGACAAGGAAGCCAGUGGUAAUGAGGAAGUCAUGGAGCUAUUCCUACCAGUGGCCGUGCAGUUCCUUCACAAAGGGAACCGUGAAAUAUCACGUCACAUGGCAAGAUAUCUAUCACUGGCCGCUCUCCAUCAUGCUGUACUGUUGAAACCUCAUGUGCAGACUAUUAUGGAUUCUAUUAUGUCGGGUAACUAUCCAUUAUGCCGUAUUUUGACCAACCUGUAUGAAGUAUGUCCCGAGCCUCUUGAAGGCCAUGUGACAGCGUUGGUGUCUCUGCUGCCUCACGCUGAGCCCGUGGAGAAGUCUUCGCUGUUCGCUCUGUUUGAACAGAUAGCAUCCAGACGACCGGAGGCUCUAAAGACAGCUAUACCUCAACUACUGUCCUACUUGUGUCCUAACACGGCCAGUCAGAAAGACCCUGGCUGCAUGUGUGUGGAUGUACUGCAGGUGAUCGGACGCGUGUCUUCAUCUCGGGCGUCGUUGGUAGCGGAGCAUAGUGCAGUGGUCCGGGAGGCAGCUAGGCCUCCGCACGCCUCGCCCCGGGCCGCCGCCCUCGCAGCCGCCGCUCUGGCAGCACUCGCCGGAACCGGAAGAGUCAGUACACAUAUUAUACUAGUAUUUUCAAAUCUAUCAACUUCAAAAGUCUUCAUACUGAUUCACACUGACAGGUUUAGACCCAGUUUCACCAAUCAACGUUUGUUAAAUCUAAGCAUGGAGCGUGCCCAGGAGGCGUUAAACUUCAUAGUGGAGCGUCUGUCUUCAGCCGAGGGUGUGGAGCAGGCGGCGCUACUGCGGGAGGCCACUGCUCUAUGCAGCGCAUACCCCGCGCUCUUUACUGACAGGCUUUUAGCUGCGCUGAGGCCCAAUAGUAAUCGUCCGAAGUCAACGCACGGUGAAGUGAAUCGAACUUCAACUGGGGUCACCAUAGUUAAGUUGGGGGGGCAGGCGACCGUGACUAGUCCUAGUGUGGGGUCUGCGACGACCACCCUGACGGUGACAGGACCCGCGGGGUACACCAGGCGCGCCAAGCUGGGGGACUCGCGGAGCACCGGCCGCCUGCACCCCGGACCUAACUCACAUAGGAGUAUGACACGCCUUAAUGUGGCCGGAGGUUCCGUGGGCGGUCUCCAUAAGAGUAUGACCCGGUUGUCCUCCUCACAACAUAUCAACGCACAAAAUCCACCGCAAAUAGUGGGCAGCAAGCCGUCCAGCAAGCCCAGCGUAGUGUCGAGCGCCGGAGUGACGGUCAGUGUGUCCCCGCCGCUGGCGCCGCGACCAAGACACCUACAUCACAACAUACUCAUAGGACCCACCACGGCGUCAGGAGCCACGAUAGUUUCAUCAGCGUCCCCGCCGCAGCCCGUGUCGAUGAUCGCCCUCAACAAGGACAAGUCCUCGGACGCCUCCGUGUCCCCCCCGGCCGUCACGUCGACCGCCAGCGGAGCCCUGGCCGCGGGGGCUCCGGUCACGGUGACGUCACGCCGCGCCAACAACACCAGCGUCACCAUGAUCAACUCGAGCACGUCCAGCCACAGGAUCAGCGUGUUCGAGCCCUACCCCAUGAGGGACACCGUGCAACACUUCUGUGAGAAACAUCUAGAUAAGAUCAAGGCGUACAUGGAUAAUGUGUCGCUCAGGAUACCUCCGCCGGCCAAAUGUACCAUAGAAGAACGUCGUUCCAAGAAGCAGGCUCGUCUAUCCUUCGCGUGCGGCACGCGAGGUCCUCACUGCCUGUACGCGCAUGCGGCCUUCUCCCUCCGCACACGCCUGCCCCGCGUGUGGAUCCACCUGAUGUUUUUAGCGCUGCAGGCUCGCCACGCGGCGGCGCUGUCCUCGCGCGACCCCACCGUGGCCAGCCUCAAGCACUGCUGGGACAUUCUCAAGUGUGAGAACCGGACCUUCCUCACGCUGGUCACGGGCGCCUUCCCCGCGCUUAAAGAUCAGGAGCUGCUUGUAGACGAGCUGAGGGCUGCGGGCUUCUUUGAUGUGUUCGAGGUGAGCCCGCGCGCCGUGUGGGGCUGCUUCCUGUGUCACCACCCGGAGAGGGCGGGCGGCUUCCUGGGGGACGGAGCGCCCGUCAUAGAGGGACAGCUGAGGGAGAAGAAGGGAAGAUGGAGACUGUUCAGGAGGUGGCGGACUAGAUACUUCACACUGUCCGGGGCACACCUGUCCUGUAAGGGAUCGAGCGGCGGCGAGAGUAUCGACAUCAACCAGAUCAGAUCGGUGAAGGUGUCUCGCGGGGCGCGGAACAUACCGAAGGCGUUCGAGAUCUUCACCGGAGACCAGACUCUGAUUUUGAAGCCCAAAGACGGGAAGAACGCGGAGCAGUGGGCACAGUGUCUCAGCAUAGCCGUGGCACACUCCCACGCGAGGGACACGCCCGCUAAGGCUAACAGCCUACCAGCGAGAGGUCUCACACUCAAGAGCUUCUGA